AAAAAAAAUGUUCCAAAUGUUUCUUCUUUGGGUUAUCACCUGCUGUCACCUGGUCCUGGCUGUGGACGAACGGGCCCGUUUCGGCCAGUAUCAGGAAGAAAUAAUUUUCCCCGAGAGACUCAAUGCCACAUUCCAUCCUGCGGGUUGGGAUGAGGGUGACAUGCUAGACAACGGCCUGGGUAGCAGCGGCAGCUCGGAUGAGCGGCUCUCCUACCGCCUUCGCGUGUUCGGUGAAGAACUGGUCCUAAAUUUAGAGAAAGACCCCAGCUUCGUCGCAGAGGGCUUGACGGUCCAGUAUUUGGGCAGGUCGGGACAAGCAGAGGACGGCUUGGCUGAGCAAGGGACCUAUUUCACUGGCACGGUGAACUCUGACCCGGAAUCGAUUGUGGCGGUCAACUACGACGGGGCAUCGCUGCUGGGGGUGCUUCAGUACCGUGGCACCGAGUACCACGUGCAGCCCCUGGAAGGGGGAGCCCCGAACACGGCGGGAGGAGCCGGCGCCCACGUGGUGAGGAAGAAGAUGCCAGAGAAAGCAGACGGGCCAAUGUGCGGCGUCGGGUCCCAGGCGCCAGACAGCGCGACAGCCCCUGCAGGCAAACCAUUGCCCAAGGACGAAGCAUCUCCCAGGAGAGCAAAGCGGUUUGCUUCCAUCCCACGCUAUGUGGAGACUCUGGUGGUGGCUGAUGAAGAGAUGGCUCAUUUCCACGGUGCAGGCCUCAAGCGUUACCUGCUCACCAUCAUGGCAGCAGCCGCCAAGUUCUUCCGACACCCCAGCCUGAAGAAUCCAGUCAACUUGGUUGUGACCAGGCUGGUUGUGAUUGGACAAUCCGAGGACGGCUUGCGGGUGUCUUCCAACGCUGCCGAGACGCUGCGGAAUUUCUGCACGUGGCAGAAAGGCCUCAACAAGGAGAGUGACGAGGACCCUGAGCAUUUCGACACGGCCAUUCUCUUCACUAGGGAGGAUCUUUGCGGGCGCUCUAGCUGUGGCACUCUGGGCAUGGCGGAUGUGGGCACCGUGUGUGACCCAGAACGCAGCUGCUCCAUCGUGGAGGACGACGGGCUGCAGUCUGCUUUCACCGCAGCGCAUGAGCUUGGCCAUGUCUUCAACAUGCUCCAUGACGAUGACAAGCACUGCAGAGAGCUGAACCGUCACUUGAACUCGCGCCACAUGAUGGCCUCCAUCAUGUCCCCCGUGGACCCCGAAGAGAUGUGGUCCCCAUGCAGUGCCCGCUUCAUCACUGACUUCCUAGACAACGACCACGGCCGCUGCCUCUUAGACAAACCACGCGAACCCCUGCACCUCCCAGCUGCCUUCCCCGGUAGUGAUUACGACGUGGACCAGCAGUGCCAGCUGAGCUUUGGGCCUGACUCGCGCCACUGCCCCAGCAUGCGCCCCCCUUGUUCCUCACUGUGGUGCACGGGGCAGAUCAACGGGCAAUACAUGUGCCAGACGAAAUACUUCCCCUGGGCCGAUGGGACACCUUGCGGUGAAGGCAAGAGUUGCAUGAGCGGACAGUGCAUCAGCAAAGUCGACUUGAAGGCGUACAAUAUUCCCACCCACGGUGGCUGGGGGCGUUGGGGCCUGUGGGGCGACUGCUCCCGCAGCUGCGGAGGCGGAGUGCAGUACUCCACCCGCGAGUGCAACAAGCCCGUCCCACGCAAUGGUGGCAAGUACUGCGAGGGGAAACGCACCCAGUACCGCUCCUGCAACGUCCAGAAUUGCCCCGAAGGGAACGCUCUGACCUACCGGGAACAACAGUGUGCUGUCUACAAUCACCGCACAGACAUGUUCAAGGACUACCCUGCCCCCAUGGACUGGGUGCCCCGUUACAGCGGUGUGGCUGAGCGUGACCAGUGCAAGUUGACCUGCCAAUCCCAUGCCCUGGGCUACUACUAUGUCCUGGAACCAAAGGUGGCUGAUGGAACACCCUGCUCCCCCGACUCCACCUCAGUCUGUGUCCAGGGGCGCUGCGUCCACGCUGGCUGCGAUCGUGUCAUCGGCUCGAAGAAGAAGUUUGAUAAAUGCAUGGUGUGCGGAGGGGACAACUCUGCAUGCACCAAGAUCUAUGGUUCUUUCACCAACCCUCAGUACGGUUACAACGAUGUGGUCACCAUCCCGGUGGGAGCCACUAACAUCCUGAUCCGCCAGAGCAGUGGCCCAUCGUCCUCCAGUGACGGGAUCUACCUGGCUCUCCGCCGGCGGGACAGCACUUACGCCCUCAACGGCAACUACAUCCUGGCACCUUCUGAGCAGGACGUUCACCUGCCCGGUGGGGUGAACAUGCGCUACAGUGGGGCCACCAAGGCCAUGGAGACGAUCGUGGGGCGUGGGCCCCUGAAAGAACCGCUCACCUUGCAAGCUUUGGUGGUGACUGACCAGAAGACCCCGCGCCUCAAGUACACCUUCUUCGUCCCCAAGGCUCCUAAGAGGUUGUCGAGCCAGUGGCUGAAGCAGAAGGCUCGCAUCUUGGAGGUCCUAAGGAACCGGCGAGGCCGCAAAUAGACAUGCGCACCUCUCGCGGAGAGGUGGUUCCUGGCCAGGCCUCCUGACUUGCUCUGGCCCCUGCAACCCACAAUGGAGGCAGGCGUCUGCAUGGGGAGGGGGCUCAAAAGGCACGUCUUAAUGUCGCUUUCCCAAAGAUGACCAAACUGCACCAAACCUUCCCCACCAACCCCACAAACAAGAGACCCUAAGCAGGAAAAGCUGUUAGCAAAAGCAGGUGCUAGGUUUCGGUCCCUGCUUGAUGGCUCAGGGACCUUCCAGAACCUUCAUGGACUCUCUUUCUUGGCUCUGCCCGGACAUUUGAAGACUCAGGACACAAACCAAGUUGUGGGGGAAAGGGGAAAGCACCCAGAGGCUUAAGGCCUUGUAUGCCUGAAAAGGCUUGACCUCAAGUGUGGGUUUGUCAAGCCAAGCCGUUUCCUCCUCCCUGGGAGGGAUCUGAUAAGUUAUGGGGUGAUGGUCAGCUGGGCUACAAAAUGGAAUCCAAGGUGGGGAGGAGGAGAUGAAGAAAAGCCUCUUGCUGUUUUCUUUGGGGGGGGGAAUGAGCAACAUGGAGAAGCAACGGAGCUGACUGAAGAGAACAGGCAUCAAUUCUGCAAAAACAACAUCUGGCUUAGCCAAGGCCGUCAACGGGCCUAUUCUCCAUUGUGCUUGUUCCCUCAGUUUUUUUAUUCCUGUCAGCUCGUGUACUGUAUUUAUUAUCCUUUUUAUUUAUUCACUACUCUGGAUGCAUAAAGAGUAUUAAUUGUGGGGAGGGUUUAUAUAUAUUUGUUGUUGCUGCUGGGUUUUUGUUUUUUUUUUUAAACAGAACAAAGGAGGCAGCAAUGUUCCUCAGCUUCACCAAAACUUGGCAAGUUUACACCACACGUUUUUUCUGGGGGAGCCAGAAAAUGUGCUCAAAUCAGCGGCGUCUACCUCAGCCUCUUAGCGCCUCCUUCUUCCCCCACUCUCUGCUCUCAAAUGGGAUUUUUUUUUGCCCACCCCACAGCUGUCUCUGGCUUUGGACAGACUCUUCUGCCAGAAAAGGCGAGCCUCUCUUAUUUUUUUUUGCAGCACGUGCCUUUUUCCUUUUUCUUGCGGCAAUGACAAGGCACCAGAGAAAUUACAGGCCUUGGUUUGGGGGAAAAGCCGUUCCCGAAGUGGUCAGGCUCUCGGGACUUUUCCCCCAUAGUAGGCCGACCUCAGUUAGACCUCCCUUCUUAUAUUGUGUUGAGGGAGGGGCGAACGGACCAGGCUUUUGUGCCUCUCGUUGUUGUGGCCUGCAGAAGAGGCCAUGGCAAAGAAUUUCCUCCCCUCAGCCCAGAAAAUAAUGUUGUGUCUGGGCUGGUUCCCAAUUAUCACAGGUUGCGAGGGGAGCUGACGGGCCCUAACGUUAUG